UGCAGCAUGGUGGUGAAGGACCAAACGUGUAAAAACAACAUUGACAGUUUAUGGAUUUAAUGCGUCGGUAAUUUCUCCAGCAGCUGUUAACGUAGAGGAUUUGGUUACUACUACUGCUGACGUGUUGAACGAGACAAUCGUAAAAGAAUGCCUCACCGAAAGAAAAAAUCAUUCAUUGAGAAGAAGAAGGCUGUGACGUUUCACCUGGUCCACAGAAGUCAGAGGGAUCCCCUUGCUGCAGAUGAGAAAGCCCCACAACAUGUUCUUGUACCCACCAGUAAGUUGGAGGCAGAAAAGAGAUGGGAGGAACAGAGAAGCUUUGGUGUGUUCUUUGAUGAUGACUACAACUACCUGCAGCAUCUGAAGGAGGCCUCCAGGCCCUCAGAGUUGGUGGCAGCCGGUCCCCUGAAAUCAGACAAACGACUUUUUGACCUCUGUGAUGAAGGGGAAGAGGAUGAGGGCGAAGUGGACCAUGACACUCCUGUGGCCAGCAUCAACCUACCCUCCUCAGUGUUUGCUUCAGAUUUUGAAGAGGACGUGGGACUUCUGAACAAAGCUGCUCCCAUCUCAGGACCCAGGCUGGACAUGGACCCUGACAUUGUGGCUGCUCUCGAUGAGGACUUUGACUAUGAUGACCCAGACAACAUUCUGGAGGACGACUUCAUCAUCAAGGCCAACGAUUUGAAUUCAGCAGUGGAGAAAGAAAGUGAUGAUGAGGAGUGGGAGGAUACAGACGAGGAGUGCAGCGAGGAUGAAGACUUUGACUCUGAGGGAGGUUUUUCUGGUGAGGAGGGAAGUGGACGAGAGUUCAUGUUCAUGGAUGAAGAAACAAAGAGUCGCUUCACGGAGUACUCCCUGACCUCUUCAGUCAUGAGGAGGAAUGAACAACUCACCCUGCUUGAUGACCGCUUUGAAAAGUUUUAUGAGCAAUUUGACGAUGACGAAAUUGGGGCCCUGGACAAUGCGGAGCUGGAGGGCUUCAUUGAACCGGACAGCGCUCGUUUGCAAGAGAUCAUCAAAGACUACUUCACACAAAAACAGAAAGAAUGCCUGAAGCCUGAUGACCUUGGUCCUAAAGAACUACCUGCUUUAAAAGAAGAGGAGGAAGAUGAAGAGGAAGAGCAGGCCAUGGAGACUAUGAUCAUCAAGGCCCCAGAGGAGAAGUGGGACUGUGAAACCAUUAUCAGCACAUACUCAAACCUAUAUAACCGACCCAAAGUCAUUGAAGAGCCGCCAAAGCUGAAGCCCAUCAGAGUGUCCAACAAGACAGGCAUACCGCUGGACGUACUCCCUAGUAGGGGUCCAACCGCCAAGCAAGCUGAGCGCAUGGAAAGGAUCAACGACUCAGACUUACCCCGUGUUUGCACCCAGCCCCGCAACAAGGAGGAGAGCAAGGAGGAAAGGAAAGCCAGGAAACAGACCAUAAAAGAGGAGCGCAAGGAGAGGAGAACAGAGAAGAAGGCUAACAAGGUGGCAUUCAAGCAGGAGAAAACCCGACAGGAGAAGCAGAUGUUGAACCUGCGAACUAAUGUUCAGGGUCUGAAGCUGUCAUAGCGGACUUAAUCAAAAGCUACCUGCUCAAACUGACUGUCUUUCUUUUUUUUUUUGCCUGUUGAUGGCUUCACCAGUAGCAGCCAAUACUUGGUUGCAAGUCACCACCUCCGUGCAGCCCAAGUGAAAAGACUAGAACUCAGGUGCUAAGACAUUUCAGUUUGUCAACUCGAUCAGGGCCGAGUUUUCCAAAAUCCUCUUAAUACAAGUACUCCAGGACAAAGUGGGUAUUGCACAUUGGUGACUUUAUUAAAUAAGCCAUAUGGCAUUCAUAUCACUGUGUUUUGUACUCUUUUCUUUUCCCUAAAUGCCGUGGCUCCAAAAAGUGUUUGAGUUCAUUCACAUCAGGGAGGGAAGCAUUUUUGAAAAUUCGUGCCUGUGCAACCCACAUUUUAGUGUGGACAAUGCUGAUUACCAACUAACCACACUUACCAGCUAUUUACCGAUCAUGAUGGGCUUUGAAAGAAACUGCAGAAUGUUAGAAGGUCAAUCAAAUUGACUGCCUGUCCCUUUUUAAAUCCCACCCCAACGGAAAUGUGUCGCAUUGCAAAAGCUCACGAUGCCCUAAAUGCCGUUUCAUGUGAUAUUUUAAACAUAUUGCAAUGUAGAACAAUGUUAGCUUCAGAAGAGCAUGAAAGAAAAAUGGGAUCAAUAUUUAUGUCCCUGAAAAUCUUUAUUAAACGCAACUGAACUGAUUAAACAUAACGGGUUGAAUCUGUGUAAA